UCAUGAAUUAGGAAAAUAUUAAAAUUAUAAUUUUUCCAGGUACUUCGCUGCUGAUCUCAAUGCUGACCCGAAGAUCUUUUUACAAUCAGCUGUUAUAACCCUGACACCCAACGAAACGAAUCCAUCGUCUGUUAUGAAUCUACGUUAUUACGCCCAAAAGGAAGCAGACAGCGAAUGUGUUGGCCCACGUGAAGGAACGGCAAUACUAUUACCAAAUUCCACUCUGGACGUCACCAUAGAGUAUCGUUACACCUUGGUACCCCAGUUCCGUAACACAAUGAAUUUCAAGUACCAAGUACUCUACAUCGACAACCAACGAGCUGCUCUAUAUUGGUGCUAUAGAAGAGCUGAAAAUGGCAGCUGUAUACAGCAUGACGUCAACUUCAUGAUAAGGAGUAUUCUUCCAGCUCAAUGUGGCAGUGAAAUGUCGGCGUCAACAAGACUCAGACGUGAUCUGGUCACGCUGUCCCACUACGAUGUUCUACAUAUCCUCACAAACGUUCAGGAACCGAAAUGCCUUGCACAUGAAGUCAGUGGCGUUCAGGCGGAUCUUGCUGCGAUCGAGAAAGCUGGCACGUGGUUUCUGAUGGCAAGGUUUGAUGAGAUGGCUUUGGAUACCUACGCUAUGGGUCUCAUAGGGCCUGACUUCAAGCACUAUGUAGAAUUCGGAACAGGACAGUUCUGA